GUUCACAUUCGUGGAAAUGUCUCCUCUCUGGUAAUUAAACCUUUAAACCAAAGAGUUUUCCAUUCUUCAUCAUCACCUAUCUCUCUACACCAUUGCAAUGGAACAACCUUCCUCUGUGUCUUCAUGUGGUUCCUCCUAUGAUGUUUUCUUGAGUUUCAGAGGAGAAGACGUCCGCAAGAACUUCGUUGACCAUCUCUACAGUGCGAUGCAGCACAGAGGGAUUUACACUUUCAAAGACGACGAGAAGCUGGAAAGGGGAAAGUCCAUCUCGCCCGCACUUGAGAAGGCAAUCGAAGAAUCGUCCAUGGCGGUGGUCGUCUUCUCCGAGCACUAUGCUGAUUCCACAUGGUGUUUGGAGGAACUAGUGAAAAUCAUGGAGUGUAUGGAGCUGAAAGGUCAAAUGGUUGUUCCCAUUUUCUAUGGCGUGGAUCCGUCGACUGUGAGGAAACAGAAGGAAAAGUAUGGAGAAGCCUUUGAAGGACAUGAAAAGAGGUUUGAGAAAGAAGGAGAAAAGGUGAAGAAAUGGAGGAAAGUGCUGGAGAAUGUAUCCAAUUUGUCAGGUUGGGAUCUGAACAACACUGAAAAUGGGCAUGAAGCAAAGUUCAUCCAGAAAAUUGUUGAAGAUAUCGUUACUAAAUUAGGUUCAACGAGGUCAAUUGAUGAUCCAAAACUGGUUGGGAUGGAGCCUCGUAUGCAGAAACUGUAUCGAUUGAUAGGCUUGGGGUCUAAUGAAGUUCGUUUUGUUGGAAUACUUGGGAUGAGCGGGAUUGGAAAGACAACUAUUGCAAGAGCUGUGUAUGACAACAUCUCAAAAGAAUUCGAAGGUUGUAGUUUUAUUCAUGAAGUUAGAAGCGAGUCGGGCAAGCAUGGUGUGGUGCACUUGCAACAGAAACUUCUAUCUAAUAUUCUUUCAGUAAAAGAUAUGAAAAUAGACAAUGUGUUUGAAGGAAAAAUGAUGAUACGGCAGAGGCUGCAAUGCAAAAGAGUGCUUAUUGUUCUUGACGAUGUUGAUCACAGGGAUCAAUUAGAAUCAUUGGCUGGAAACAGCGAUUGGUUCGGUGCUGGAAGUAGAAUCUUCAUAACAACCAAGGAUAAGCACUUGCUUAUUAGCCAUAAAGUGAAGAUUAUGAAAUACUUUAAAAUGAGUGUGCUAGAGGAAGCCGAAAGCUUUCAACUCUUUAGGCAGCAUGCAUUUAAUAAACAGCUGUUGCUGCCGCCGACCAAGGAAUUUGAGGAGCUCGAAGCUCAAGUUGUACACUCUGCCGGAUGCCUUCCGUUGGCUCUUAAAGUUUUUGGCUCCCUGCUAUAUGGCAGAGAUAUUGAUGAAUGGAGAAGUGAAGUUGCCCGACUUAAGGAAAUCCCAGAAGAUGAGAUUUUAGAGAAACUUAAAUUGAGUUUCAUUAGUCUCAACAAAAAUACACAAAGGGUUUUCUUAGACAUUGCAUGCUUCUUUAAUGGGAAGAAGAAAACAUCCAUAACAAGAAUACUUAAUAGUUUCGACUUCCACUCUAUCAUUGGCAUAAAGGUUCUUAGAGAGAAAUCUCUAAUAACUAUUUCAAAAGGUCGUGUUUUGAUGCAUCAAUUAUUACAAGAAAUGGGGUGGUCUAUUGUUCGCCAAGAAGCUUCAGAUGAUCCAAAAAGCUAUAGCAGGUUGUGGCUACCUCAGGAUAUUUCUCGACUACUUGCAGGAAGUGAGGGUACAGAAAACAUCCAAGGUAUAGCAUUCAACUUGCAGGAUGCAACAGAUGUGAAAGUUAGUAGUGAAGCCUUCACACACAUGACUAAGCUAAGACUUCUCAAAUUUCACAAUGCAAAUGCUUCUCAUGCCCCUAAUUUUCUCCCUGCCGAGUUAAGGUGGCUAGAUUGGCACGGAUAUCCUUCAAAAAGUUUGCCUGCUACUUUCCAGGGGCAAAAACUUGUUUCUCUUAAAAUGCAAUAUAGCCGUAUCAUACAACUUUGGAAAGGAUUCAAGGUCCUGGACAAUUUGAAAUUCAUGAAUCUGAGCCACUCUCAGAAAUUAAUUAGGACUCCAGAUUUCACAGGAAUCCCAAAUCUUGAAACAUUGAUUCUAGAACAGUGUACAAGUUUGGUAGAAAUCCAUGCUUCUGUUGGAUUUCUCAAGAACCUUGUUUCACUUAACCUUAUGCAUUGUAUAAAUCUGAAGAGGCUUCCCAAAAGCAUUCAUUUAGAAAAGCUUGAGAGAAUGACCCUUUCAGGCUGUUUGAAACUUGAAAAUUUUCCAAAAAUUGCAGCUCCCAUGGCUUGCUUGUUAGAAGUACAUGCUGGGGCUACCGCUAUAAGAGAAGUGCCAUCAUCAAUCGAGUACCUCACAAACCUGAGGUUAAUAAAUGUAAGAAAUUGCAAGCAUCUUGCAAGCCUUCCAAGUAGCAUUUGUAAAUUGAAAGGUCUGAAAGCUGUGAUUCUCUCUGGUUGUUCCAAGUUUGAGAAAUUAACAGAUGAAUUGGGAGAAAUGGAAUGUUUAGAAGAGUUGUACUGUGACAAGACAGCGAUCCAAGAGCUACCAUCAUCAAUCGAGCGCCUCACAAACCUAAGGUUAAUAGAUGUAAGCAAUUGCAAGCAUCUUGCAAGCCUUCCAAGUAGCAUUUGUAGAUUGAAAGGUCUAAAAUCUGUUAUUCUCUCUGGUUGUUCCAAGAUUGAGAAAUUACCAGAUGAAUUGGGAGAAAUUGAAUGCUUAGAAGAGUUGUACGGUGAUAAGACAGCAAUCCAAGAGCUACCAUACUCCAUUUCACUUCUCAAGAAACUCAAGAUUUUAUCAUUUCAUGGAUGCAAACCUCUGGCUUCUCCAUUACAUAAGAGUUGUUCAUUCCUCUCUAGGUUGCUGCCAGCAGGAGCUUUUCAAGAUAUCAAGGCUUCACCGUUCCCUUCUCUAUCUGGCUUAUCUUCACUGAAACAGCUGGAUCUUAGUGAUUGUAGUAUGCUAGAUGGAGGCAUUAUUCUUGGUGAUCUGGGAGAGCUGCACUGUUUGCAAGUAUUGAAUCUUAGCAACAACAAGUUUAGUUGUAUCCCAGCUGAAUCCAUUGUUGGCCUCACUCGACUUGAGGUACUUCAUGUAGUGGGAUGUGGGAGGCUUCAAAGUUUGCCAGAACUUCCAUCUAGUAUACAAGAGGUUUAUGCAGAUGAAUGCCCCAACUUAGACGGCCACAACAUAGAUUCAUUGACUAAAUACCCAAAGUUGAAUGAAGUUUCAUUCACUAAAUGUGAUCGACUACUUGAGGAUCCACGUUACGGUCACAUAGUGGAUGCAAUAUGGCAACACCUGCUAAAGGGACUAUCAAAUGACUCAAACGUCCACUUCAUUUGUGUCUGCUUUCCAGGCAUGGUGUUUCCUGAGUGGUUUACGCAUAAGAAUUGGGGAAAUUCACUAUCAGUUAGCCUGCCUCAAAAUUGGUACAAUAACAAAUUCAUGGGAUUUACAUUUUGUGUGGUUUCUAACUUGAUAACUACUCCAACUUCAUUGAAACAUAGGAGUAUAACUAAAGCCUAUGGACUUGGUCUCCAAAUCUCUUCCACAACUCGUGAAGGUCAUCAGACAACUAAUAUAAUAACUUUGGGCUAUCAGGGGAUUAAACAGAAUAUGAAAUCCGAGCUCACUUGCCUGUCCUAUUGGCCCCCCUUUGGUGAUUGCAGUGAAUGGUGUCAAAUUGAAGUUUCUGGUCGUUUCAAUUCGGUAUACGCUGGUAUUGGAAUGCGUCUUGUGUACGAGGAUGAUGUUAGAACCAGUGAUGAACCACUGAUGAUACAAAAUAACAUGCAUUGUCUCCACCAAGUAUGAUUAUGUAAUAACGAGUGAUGUUGCACACUUUUUUUAGAACUUUCUUUCUAAUGUUCAAUUCCCUACUCAUGUAACACUAUUUAAGACAAUUCUUUAAUAUUUAAUUACAAAUGAGUGCUACGUUGUCAA